UCGAGAAUAGAAUACAUAAAGAGGGUAUUCUUCCAGGAGAUGAGUGCAGAUUACUACGAGAUAAUGGCAUUGUUUUCUCGGACCAUUCUUAUGUUCCUAAUCGGCCUUGAGAUCGAUCUUCGCUUCUUGCUGAGGAAUCUACGUCCGGCUAGCAUUAUCGCCGCUGGAAAUUGCAUAGUUUGCACCAUAUUUGCAGCCGCAAUGACCCCUUUUAUAUACCACCAGACCGCAUCUAAUGGCUCUAUGAUCACCAUGGCCGUAAUGCUCACGGCAAUCAUGUCUAAUGCCGCCUCUCCGAUUGUCAUCCGCUUUGCGGCCGAGCUAAGGUUCGCCAAUUCAGAUUUUGGGCGACUGGCGAUAUCUUCUUCUCUGAUUAGUGACAUUUACGCUGUCCUAAUGUUGGUUUUGAGCUCAAGAAAAAGACUGGGAAGAGAAAAAGAGUCGUCAAUUUUAUUGGGUUGUGUUUCGCUUUUCAUGAUUAUAGCCGUUAUCAUUCUCAACGUCCACCUGGCGAAUUGGCUGAACAGAAGGAAUCAUAAUCAGAAAAACCUUAAAAACAAGGAAGCAUUUGGGAUUUUGUCAGUGGUCCUGAUAACAGCUAUGGCCCUCGAAACUAUGGGAUUUAACAGCAUCAUUGCCUGUUUUCUCAUCGGCUCGAUGUUCCCAAGAGGUGGGAAAACAGCUCGAACAUUGCUGCACAAACUCAACUACUCAGUUCACAACUUUAUAUUCCCAAUUUACCUGGGCUACGUGGGUUUCCAAGCAGAUUUAAAUACCAUAAACAACAUCCCCAAUCUCAUCCUCGUGGUAGUAUUUAUCGUGUUGAGCCUCGGCAGCAAGAUCAGUGGUGUCCUUGCAGCUUGCUCCCACCUAAAUAUUUCCCUGAAUGACGGUGUUCUUUUAGCUUUCUUAAUGGACCUUAAAGGCCAUGUUGAUAUUGUUACCCUUUCUCUCGGCCUCCAAAAUAAAAUGAUCAGUCCAGACUUUUAUCAUUUGAUGUUGACAACCCUAGUGAUUAACACGUUGAUAGUGGGGCCAAUGGUAGCUUUCAUGGUGAGAGGAGAAAAUGAGUCCCUUGGUUACAAGCAUGUAGAUUUGGAAUGGCUAGAACCAGAAGUCGAGCUACGAACGCUAGCUUGCGUACAUAAUCCUCGCCAUGUGCCCACCAUUCUCAACCUCAUUGCAGCAUUGAGAGGCUCAGACAAAGGCCCUAUCACGCCCUACUUGAUGCACCUGAUUGAGCUCACGCAUAAAACCAAGCACAAUCUCUUGUACAACCAACGAGAAGAUGAUGAAUUCAGUGAUGAAGAUAGCUAUGGCGGUAAUGAUGCACUCGAAAUUAACGAGGCCAUGGAUGCUUUCGCCAUUGAAACAGGAGCAAUGGUUCACAGGGUGAAAGCUGUCUCGCCCUUUACAAAAAUGUAUAUCGAUGUGUUGGACCAAGCAGAAGACAUGCGAGCAUCAAUCAUCCUCUUGCAUUUUCACAAGCACCAGAGAAUUGACAGGAAAAUGGAGGUUGGCAAGGAAGGGAUAAGAACGACAAACCAGAAGGUGCUUCGAUAUGCAAAGUGCUCUGUCGCCAUUUUGGUGGAUAGAGGGUUGAUGUGCAGGUCGGAAGGUAUUGGAUCAGAAUCUCUACAACAUGUUGCAAUCUUAUUCUUUGGUGGAGCCGAUGACCGAGAAGCUUUGGGAUUUAGUCGACGACUUUCCUUGCACCACCACUUACACCUCACGAUCAUCAGGUUCCUACCAGCAUCAUCUAGGAACAUAAAUGAAGGGGUUAAUGUUUCUCACAAAGAGACAAAUGUUUUACUAGCCAUAUCAGAUCAAGAGACCGAGAGUGAAGCAGAUACUGCAAUCCUCACUGACUUCUUUAAUAGGUAUGUGACAUCAGGGCAAGUGGGGUACGUAGAGAAGUAUGUGGAAAACGGGGCGGAGACAGCAGCAGCGUUAACGGAGAUAACAGACAUGUACUCAUUGUUCAUUGUUGGAAAGGGUAGACGCGGAUACUCGCCAUUAACCACUGGAUUGAGUGAUUGGGAAGAGUGUCCAGAGCUCGGGACAGUUGGAGAUCUCUUAGCUUCUUCAGACUAUGACAUGAGCGGUUCAGUUUUGGUCAUUCAACAACAUAAAAUUUCCAAAAAUGAUGAUGAAUAGUAGUAAUGGUAAUUUCUUAAGGCAUCUAAUUCCCAAAGUGGUUCAUGUCGAGGGUUCAUGACAAAUGGAAAAGAAUAAGCAAAUAAAAGGGUUGUUUCAAUUGAAUAAGGUAUAAUAACCCAUUCUCCGAUUGAAGUUCAAAUCUCUUUGGAGCUAUGCUUCCAUUGAGCAUACUUCCACACAAGAAAGUUGCCUGUGCACAAAUAUUUGGAGUUCGAGGUAAGGAUUACAAAAAUGGCCGCUGAUGAUACUUAACAGUGGAUAGGCCAUUUUCACAAGUGAGCUCCAUUUUUAAUUAUGUAGGAUUUUUUUUUCAUAGGAUUACAAACCUGUAUAGAAUUUAUCUUCUUUUCGCUUUUUUUGUGGUUUAUUUGUUAUUGUGAUUUUGUAAUUUUGAGAGAGUAAGGAGGUUAAUUUUACAAGGAAACUUGAGUGGAGAUGAA